UUGAACCUUUUCAUUUAAAGUCUUCUGAUUGGAGCUGCGGUUUCAUUGACUCCGCCCACAGCGGUUACGUCUUUUCGUAAACAAACCGUGACGUUUUCUGAGGAACCCGGAAGUGGCAGACUCAUCGCUCGGCUCGCUCAUCAAAACAACAACAUCCCCGUUGUCGCCUCCUCUGAACGUUUUAUAAACGUGACAGCGAUAUCACGGACAACGUAACGGCCCGAUGAUCCAAACGGAGUAACAUAAACCGCUGAGUCAAGCCGUUAACGUUAGCUUUCAAAAAAGUUAGCGUUAACGUUAGCUUAGCUGGUUAGCUUAGCUGGUUAGCUCCUAGCUCUCCCUCGGUUAGGGCUAGAAGGGAUACAGCUACGGCCACGACAGUUAUAUUUAGACACCAAAACGAAUAGUUUAGUUCAGGAAAAAGAUCUUGGUUUGGAUUAUAACACCCCCGCGUUUCCUGGACGAAAGCAUCAAAGUUAUAUAAUUAUAAUUAUUUUAGCCGAGAUUUUGCGUGAUUUUACCGUAGCUGUAUCCCUUCUAGCCACGACCGUGUCCCUCUCCAUGGCGUCCUCAGCGGGGCUCCCCCCGCUCGGCCCGGACCGUGCUGCCUCAUCCCCGGGCCUGAGGCCGCUUCUCCGGCCCCAUCACCCCCAUCCUGCUCACUCCACCCCGGGUUGUGUGAUGGUUGAGUCGGUGGACGACGCAGAGGGGCUGUACGUGGCGGUGGAGCGGUGCCCGCUGUGCAGAACGUCCCGCCGCAGACUGACCUGUGCCCGGUGCGUCCAGGCCGGGGACUUCGUGUACUUUGACGGGAGGAACUCUGAAAGAUACAUUGAAAAGUUGGAGCGACUGAAGAAGCUGAAGGAAGAAAAGGAGCAACUGCAACAGAGAGUUAUCCAGAACAUGGACCAGAAGCUGCAGGCCGAUGAGAUGAAAUGGAAGAUCAUGUCGUGUAAGAUGAAGAUCGAGCAGCUGAAGGAGGCGGUCGCCGGGGCCAACGACGAGGAGAAGAACGAUAAGGAUCUGCUGCGCUGCUCUCUGGAGGAGAGCCAGCGGCUGCAGCGGCGGGCCGGGCGCCACCAGGAGAAACGGGAUAAGAUCGAGCGUCACAAUCGUCGCCUUGGCGACCUGCUGGAGCGCCGAAGCCGCGAGCUGCAGAGCCGGCUGGCGGCGCUGGCGGCGCUGAGGCGGGAACACAUCCUGGAGCUCCGCACGCACAUCUUCCCCACACAGGAGGAGAAGCAGGGCAGCAGAGACCCCGCAGACGUGGUGGCAGAGUGUGACCCCGCGCUGACCUCCAGCACGGUGAGCGAGCUGGCCGAGGCUCGCCGGACCACGUACCUGUCGGGACGCUGGAUCUGGGACGACCAGAACGGAGAGACCAGCAUCAGCAUCACGGGGGCGCCCGUCACGCUGCCUAGCAACGGAGACUGCUCCGCCUACUACUGCUGGGUGGAGGAGAAGAGCACCAAUCAGGGCCCAGAGUGCGACCACAUCAACCCGGCCCACACCAUAAGUGCGGCUCUGUGCUACGCCACGCAGCUCGUCACCAUCCUGUCUCACAUCCUGGACGUCAACCUGCCCAAGAGGCUCUGCAACAGCGAGUUCUGUGGAGAGAAUCUGAGCAGAUACCGUUUCACCAGAGCUCUGAGCAAACUCAACACCAACAUCCUGCACCUCUGCUUCUCACAGCAUGUUGACAGUGAGAAGCUUCACCCUCAUCACACUCUGAGAAACAUCAUGUUCCUGGUUUCCCCUGACAACGACAACCUGGGCAGGACCGGCCCGUUCGAGGUGAGUGCUGACCUGGAGGAGUCGAUGGAGUUCGUGGAGCCGGAGGCGGCCGGGCCGGCGGAGGAGAGCGGAGACGAGGCGGUGACGGACGAGGAGACGGACCUGGGGACGGACUGGGAGACAGUGCCCAGUCCUCGCUUCUGUGACAUCCCAUCACAGUCCAUGGAUCUUUCCCAGAGUGCAUUGCAGGUGUCCCAGCCCUCUGCUAACGCCGGAGGGAUGAUCUCGUCUGCAGCUGCGUCCGUCACUUCGUGGUUUCGAGCAUACACCGGCCAGCGCUGACCCAAGCCGACAGGAAGCUGUGAAACAGGUCUGGGUGCUCAGACUCUGGUCAGAGGUCAGAGGUCAGCGGGGGGGAUCCAGUCACACCAUCCACAGGAACCAGUCCCUUCUCUUCGUUGUGGAUCACACGGCCUCGACCCUCGACCUUCUGAUCCUGAUUCACAAUUUUUUAUUUUAAUUAAGCUUUACACACACACACACACACACACACACACACACACACAGACAGACGUAGAUGCACACACACACACUCUAAAAAGAUCUGCCUCUAGAUUUUUGUGGAAUCAGAUAUCAGUUAUGUUUUGAAAGCCGGCCCUGGAGCCGGCAGAGCUUACCUUUUGUUAUUCUGCACACCAGCAUCUCCGGAAGACGCCGAAACUGUCCACUCAUGCCGUGAGACGGCAAAACUGUCCACUCAUGCCGUGAGACGGCAAAACUGUCCACUCAUGCCGGGAGACGGCAAAACUGUCCACUCAUGCUAAGAAAAUACAGAUCCACCAGUCAGAAACGUGCGCCGUAACGCCGACCUGCUGCAGAUAGAAUGUGAUCGCCUUCAUCGAGCCGUGUUAAGAUCAAUCAUUACAAGUUUAAUCAUCCUGAAACUCUUAAACAUUUAAUAGUUUAUAAAGAUGUAACAGAUGGUUCCUAAUCACACGUUUACGUGGCUGUUAGAGUAUUUUAUUGGUUAUUAAAGUGUUAAACCGA